AUGUCUUCUGAUGCUCGCAUUAGAUCAGCUGCAGGAGCUGCUGCUGCCAAUAGUAAGAAACAGAAGAUGUCUCCUCCCUUUGAUUCUCUUCUGUUUGCUGACGAUUUGAUUUUGGUCCAAGGCAUUUUUCCCUUUGUUGGUGUUGGACAGUAUGCUUUUGUAGGAGCUGUCAACAAAAAGAUGAAUCAACUGUACAAAGAGUACUGCAAAAUUGAACUCAACAAAAAUCCAAGAAAGUUGGCAAUAUUACGAUCAUGCAGUGGGCACGACAAAAAGGAUUCCGAUGGUAUCAAUGGACAAGUGCAUGUGCUGCUCAAAAUGGAAAUCUGGAAA